ACCCAAGGAGGGUGAGAGAGAGAGAGAGAGUGACGUUCCGAAUUAAUCACAGAUUUCUAUAGAAAUCUGUGGAAUUAAUACAAGUGUGCAAGUAUUGCAAGUAACGCAAAUCGUUCGAUGUGCGGAAUACACAAAAACAUGGAUACGCAAGAAGUAGUGGAGGAGCUGAUGCAGGUUUGCAUUCAAAUGCGCUUCCAUCUGAAUGAUUUGGAACAGAGGGAAAAAGAAAUCUUAAUCCUAAAGCAUAUCAAGCGCUUUGAAAACAGCGGAACAAUUGAUGAUUUCCCAAAAGACUUGGAAUGGUUUAACGUGUCCAAAGGAUUGUCAAUAGGGCAGCUAAAAGGAAAAAUUGUGCUUUUGGACUUCUUUACAUAUUGCUGCAUUAAUUGCAUGCAUGUUUUGGCCGAGCUGAAAGAAGUCGAAAAGAAAAUCUCUGUAGAGGAUGGUCUCGUGGUAAUCGGAGUGCAUAGCGCAAAAUUUACAAACGAGCGCAGUUCCAAGAAUGUCUUAUCUGCUGUACAGAGAUAUAAUAUCAUGCAUCCUGUGGUAAAUGAUGUAACGUUAAGAAUGUGGCGUGAUAUGGGAAUAAUAUGUUGGCCUAGCCUGAUAAUGUUAGGACCUAAUGGUCAACCACUGGCUGUUUUUAUGGGUGAAAAUCACAAAGAUGAAAUAUUAUUAUACACAAAAAUAGCAAUAGCUUAUUUUAAAACCUCAAAACAAAUAUCAAAUCAUGAUCUUCCACUAAAGCUAGCGCAUCAUCUUUUACCAUCAUUUUCUAAAGAUCAUUUGCUAUUUCCUGGCAAACUAACGGUUCUUCAGUUAGAACAAGAAACGAAGUUAGUCAUAUCUGAUAGUGGUAACAAUAGGAUUGUAAUUACAAAUGAGCACGGGAGAGUGGAACAUGUUAUAGGUGGAUGCAACCAGGGUUUUAAAGAUGGCGAUUUUAAAAACGCUAGAUUCAAUUCACCUCAAGGAGUCUGUGUGCUAAAUAAUAUAAUCUACGUUGCGGACAAUAAUAACCAUGCUAUUAGAAAAAUAGACCUGGCAAGCAAAAUCGUAUCCACCAUAGCCGGUACCGGUUCACAAGGUCGCGAUCAAAAUGGUGGAAAAAACGGCACUGAUCAAAUUUUAUCGUCUCCUUGGGAUGUGGCAAUUUAUCAUCACGAACAUAAAGGCACCACGGUGCCAAUCUUAUUAAUCGCCAUAGCGGGUACCCAUCAGAUCUGGGCACUGUUUUUAGAAGAUACCAUUUGGUGGAAGGAAAAAAAAUACACGGCGGGCACAUGCGCUGCUAUCGUUGGAAGUGGACAAGAGGAAAAUCGCAACAACAGUUAUCCUCAUGCCGCGGGACUAGCACAACCCUCUGGCAUUGCGAUCGUUCAGGAAUGUAAAAUUGCGUUUUUGGCGGACAGCGAAACCAGUUCUAUCAGACAGCUGCAUUUAGAUAGCGGACAAGUAUCCGCUGUUUGCGGAGGAGAUAAAAAUCCAGCGAACUUACAUGCGUUUGGAGAUGUAGACGGAAAAGGACGUUUGGCUAAACUUCAACAUCCGUUAGGUGUAACGUGGAAUCAUUUGGAUAAACAAAUUUAUGUGGCCGAUACUUACAAUCAUAAAAUUAAAAGCGUAGAUCCUAUGACGGGGCAUUGCAAGACAUUAUUUGGCGACAAAAAACCCGAUCGUACAUUUAUCUUCAGUGAACCGAGUGGCCUUGUUGUUAGUCCAGACGGUAACACUCUUUACGUAGCAGAUACCAAUAAUCAUGUUCUUAAAAUUAUUGAUUUAAAAAAUGAGAAGAUUUCAACCAUGGUUAUCAUAUCCAGACGUGACUCGAAUAGAAAUGCUGACAAUGUAUUCACUUUUGAUACGACAGUAAAUGCACGCGGUGGAGAACUAAAUAUUUCAUUUAAUAUCGUAUUUACGAACGAUUUGAAAUUAAAUGCAGACGUACCGCAAGAAUGGCAGGUGUCUUUACCUGCAAAUACGUGGACGGCGAAAUCAUUGACGGGUAGACUUUCAACUCCUAUAUCGGUGAAACUUCCUGAAGAAGAAACGCGCAAUCAAUUGCCCGUCAUAUUAAACAUAAUGGCUUGCACAGUGGACACGUGUGUACCACUAAAGCUGUCGGUAUUGUUCAACGUACAACGUAAAACAGAUGCGCCAACAGUUGUGACUGAAGAGAAAGAACUCGUUAUUGGUUAGGAAAUGCGUUUUAUGCUUUCAACAUAUGUCGAAAAGUAUAAAUACAUACGUUAUGUAAUGAAUAUUUUUAAGAUAUUACAUUUAGGAAAUAUGUAUUUAA